AUGGACGGUCCUGCGGUCGACAAUUCAACGGAGCCUUUCCUGAGAUUCUGGGAAAAAACUCAGGAUGGCUUGACUUCCUCAGUCUGGCUUUCUCGGGAGGAUCUGCAUCUCUUGGCGGCGCAAGCCAGCAGGCGUCUUGUUGAAAGUCUGGGGGGAUGCAUGCAGAAAGAGCAAGGAAAUUAUUCUGUCUCUCAGCUGGCUGAAAAUCACACGGAACAGAGACAGCAGAAACAAGGGAAACAGCAGACGCGGGCGGGCGCAGCAACGGAAGGAAUCGAGGGGCAAACCACAAACAGGACGGGGCUGCUGAAACCGUUGCGAGGAGUAUGCAUUGCGCACUACAUGACGAAAAACAGAGUCGAAGAAGUGAUUCUUCGUCUUGCAGCAAAAGCCUCUGGAUACAUCCCUGUGACCAUCAACUGGGAUGCGGACGGAAUCGACCGCAUUCUCUACAAAAUUGAAUCUACGCACUGCCAAGCUGUGAUUGUCGAUGAAGAGGUUCCUGUCGCCUGUCUCAACCGCCUAGCAGAAGCAGCGCAGGGGCGCUUCAAGGUGAGAGACGCAGCUUCAUUAACGUUGACUUUCCUGAUACUUGCACAAAUAUGCAUAUGUGAACAUGCGUUUGGUUCUUCGACUUCUCACUGCAGGUGCUUUCUGCGAAGGCGUUGUGUUUUCAAAGUCAUGACAAUCUUCCUGUUCCAGAGAAGCAGAGUUGCGAAAACGCGAGAAGAAUGCAAGACUGCGAUUUGCGAACUCUCAGUGGAGGAAAAUCAGAGUGCAUGCCCUCAAAAGAAGAGAGAGAAGACAACGUUUCUCUUGUACGUUCAGUUCGAACACCACGAAACGCACAUUGCAGACACAGAGAAAAAAACGAGGUUGGGGAAAAGCGGCAAGAUUGAGAGGACAGCGAAGGAGAGUUGGAGAAGGAGAAAUCCACAGGGAAACAGACUCCAGAGGGAGAGAUCCGCGGACCAAUAUCUAUAUAUCUCUUCACGCAUCAUAUAUGGAAAUGCAUUCAGCGCAUGCACCUGCUUACAUAUCGGUAUCAUGCUGACGAUCAGACAUGCCUUUUUUUCUCUGUUGGGCUGUGUUUGGAAGGUCGUCUUUACGUCAGGAACGACUGGACGGCCGAAGGGCGCCAUCCUGACGAACAAAAACAUGGAGACUUCUUGUCUCGCUCUGCGGCAGCUUUUGGACCUGCGCGACGACACUCCUCUCACACUUGUCAUUGUGAAUCCUCUGCAUCACGUCAACUCUUCAGUCAUGCUCGAGCUCGCUCUCCGUUCGCGGCGCGCGAAAGUCCACUUGGUUUCGAGAUACACCACGUCCUUCUGGCGCCUUUUAGCGGAUGUUGCCGAAGAGGAAGCGGCGGCGUCUGGACGUCCAGAACGCUCCGCAGUCCCGAAGAGAGACUUCCGGCUCCUCACCCCCCUCGUCUCGCGGCACAUCGAUUUCCUCCGCGAGCUUGUCGACACCAAUCGCCUGACUGGGGUGUCUGUACACCGCCUUGCACACGCGCUCAGACCGAAAGAAGUCGUCUUGUUGCUCGGCUCUGCGCCUGUUGGACUCACGACAGUUCAGACCUUUCUCCGGCUCCUCGGCAAACUGCCAGCGAUCCGCUUUGGGUCGACGGAAACAUGUCUCCAAGUGAUGGGGACCCCCUUCUCUUUGACCGAUGACGAAAUGAUGAGGGCACUGGAGCGAGGAUGGAAUCACGUUUUUCAGGGAAGGCCGCAGAAAGGAUUUUACAUUGGAAGGCCUCACCCUCCCUUGACUGAAGUGGAGAUCGUCAAAAGCACAGACCCAAGCAACGCCCACUACAUGGUCCGCUGCGAAGCAGGCGAACCUGGACUGCUGAUCUGUCGCGGCAAGAACUGCAUGCGCGGUUACACAGCCUCGCCAGAAACUUCCAGAGAUCUCUUUUCUUCAGACGGCUGGUACUUAGGAUUAGGAGAUGUCUGCUUCUUCCUCAGGCCGCUCGCGAACGACGGACAAGUCGACGGAGACGAGGAACAGGAAGAGAGGAGAGAAGACGAGAAGGAGAAUAGAGAUGAGAGAGAAGAGAAGGAAACAGGAGAGAAAGAAGAGAAGGAGACAGGAGAGAAAGAAAAAGAGAGCAGGCUAGACGCUGGGAGAGCCCGCCACCUCGAUUACUACUGGGUGACUCGGUCAGCCGACGUCGUCAUUAAAGGAGGAGCCAACUACUCUUGUGCGCAAAUCAGCGACGAUAUCAAGAAUUGUUUGCUACGUUUGUACGAAGGAAAACUCGCGAAAACGCAGAUUUCUGUCGCGACAAUCAGCAUGAAAAUCCAAAGCGAACACGAAGACAGCUGCUGCGUAACCGUCGAACUCACCCGGCGUCCUGACCUCGGUGAAGAGCAAGACAAGCAGCAAGAGACAGAGAGAGAAGCAGACGCAUGGCAUGCGUUGAUUUCCGACAUCAACGACAACUUUCUUUCGCGAGUCCGCAAAGACUCUUCUCUGCUACCGAAGGCAAGCGUCCCCGACUACAUCCGGAUAGGAAAAAUUCCAACGAACUUCAAGGGCUUGCCAGACAGUUCAGCUUUGAAGAAAAGCUUCGCCGAACUUUUGAAGAACGACGACUGA